GCGGCGAAAGGCCCCGCGGCGCUCACGGAGACAGAGCUAGCGGCCACCGUGCUCGAGCUACUGAUCACGUGCUCGCGGUAGUACCCCAGCAGGGACGAGGAGGACGCAGUGAUACGGCCCCUGCCUCGCGUGAAGCGGCUGCUAUCGGAGCCGUCCUGCUUGGCGCACGUCGUUCAGCUACUUCUAACGUUUGAUCCUAUACUCGUCGAAAAGGUAGCAACCCUACUGUACGAAGUGAUGCAGGACAACCCUGAGAUCUCGAAACUGUAUCUGACGGGUGUGUUCUACUUUAUGCUGCUGUACACGGGCUCCAACGUAUUGCCCAUAGCGAGAUUCCUGCGACUUACACACAUGAAGCAAGCGUUCAGAUUGGAUCAGUCCACUUCGGAUCUGAUGCAGCGCUCCAUACUCGGGCAACUGCUACCAGAUGCGAUGGUGUGCUACCUGGAGAAUCACGGCGCCGAGAAAUUCGCACAAAUAUUCCUCGGUGAAUGGGACACCCCAGAAGCUAUAUGGAACUCGGAGAUGAGACGAAUGCUAAUAAUGAAGAUAUCCGCACACAUUGGUGAGUUCACUCCGCGUUUGAGAGCCCACAUCGCGGCUCGCUACCCCUAUCUCGCGAUACCGGCAGUGCGCUACCCGCAGCUGAGUCACGAGCUGUUCUGCAACAUGUUCUACCUGAGGCACCUGUGCGACACGCAGCGCUUCCCAGACUGGCCGAUACCCGAACCGGUGGGUCUUUUGAAAGACGCGCUAGAAGCGUGGCGUCGGGAAGUUGAGAAGAAACCGGCGUCGAUGACGGCGGAGCAAGCGUAUAUGGUGCUUGGGUUGGGCGGGAGCGACGGCGGAACUGGAGCGUACGACGAAGCAGCGGUGCGCAAGGCGUACUACCGACUGGCGCAUCAAUACCACCCUGAUAAGAAUCCUGAAGGACGGGAUCGUUUCGAAGCCGUAAAUCAAGCUUACGAGUUCCUAUGCAGUCGCAACGUGUGGACGGGUGACGGACCCAAUACCAACAACAUACUGCUCAUAUUGCGGACACAGACUAUACUGUUUAAGAGAUACUCUGAAGUUUUGUCGCCGUACAAGUACGCCGGGUACAAACAGCUGCUCAGGACGAUGCAGAUGGAGAUAGAAGCAGAGCAGCUGUUCGCGGAACAGGACGCGUCUGUGGCGCUUCUUCCCGCCGCCGCCGAGCUCGCACACGCCACCGUACAUUGCUCCGCGCUCAACGCAGAGGAGCUGUGCCGGGAGGGAGGCUUGCAGGUGUUACAAGAAGCUCUAUCGCGCUGCGUGUCCGUGUUGGGCGGCAGUAAGCAGGGCAGUACAGCGGCCCAGGUGUGUACGCACUGCGCACGCAGCUUUGCGGUCGCGGCGACGUUCCCAUCGUGCCGCGACGUUGCCGCCUCGCUUGACCAGCUCUGCACUGAUUUGGUGCCACUGUUAAAGCGCCCGCGUUUGGGCGAGGUGGCGGUAGCUGGUGCGGAAGCGGUGGCUGGUCUGAGCGCGGCAGCCAAGUGUCGCGCGGCCCUGGCGCGGGCAGGCGCGCUUCACGCUCUCAUACCAUUGUUGCUGGAGUACGACUACACGCUGACGGAGAGUGGCGUGGACACCGAGCACAGCGAGCAGGAUACAGCGAAUCGCCUUGGCGUGCAGUGUCUACGUGCGUUAGCCGCUAUGUACGGGCCGCACGAGGAAGCAUCCCCGCUCGACGAUGAGAUAGCGCGCACGUUACAAGCACUACUCACGCCACACGUGUGCGACCAGCUCCACACAGAUAACCCGCAUGAGUUAUUGAAGACGCUAACGUCCAACUGGCGCACGCCGUACCUGGUCUGGGACAACAGUACGCGCGCUGAGCUGCGGGAACUGCUGGCGGACUAUCGGCCGGACGAACACGAGCCGCUAGUCCGGCCCUUCCAGUACUCGGCGCACCAGAAACUAUUGACCGUCGGUGGUGUAUAUCUCGAUAUAUACAACGAGCAACCCGAUUAUCCUAUAGAGAAGCCGCAACAGUUCGUCGUGGAUUUGCUACAGUACAUAGAAAGCGAGGUGCGAGAAGACAUGACGGACGAGAGAGCUAACAACAUAACAUUAGGAUUGAACGCUCUCGCUAACUGUAUUGUCAAGAAUCCAGGUGUGGAGAGCCAGUGCAUCGGGCACUUCGGGUGUAUAUUCGGGCUGGUGUCGGCGCGGGCCCGCGGCUCGGUGUGCGCCGGGGCACUUCGCGUGGUGUCGGUGUGCGCCCGCAGCCGCGACUGCGUGGACGACGUGGCGCGCUCCGGCCUGCUGCCGCACGUGCUGCCGCUGCUGGCGCCCGCGUCGCCGCUGCCGCCCGCUGACGUGCUGGCAGCUCUCGCCGCACUGCUCGCCAGCACCGCGCUUGUGCAGCGCGCGCUCAACGCCGGCAUAAUCAUCUACCUCCUCGAUAUGUUUUGCAACAAUAAGCUGCCGGAGAUAAGAGAGGCGGCGGCAGACUUGCUGGCCCGAAUGAUGGCUGACAAGUUACACGGCCCCAAGGUGGCACUGUCGAUAUCGCGGUACAUUCCGGGUGCGUUCGCAGCGGCGAUGCGGGAGGCGGGCGGAGCGAGCGCCGUGCUGAUGUUCGACGCCAACCACGAGCACCCCGAGCUGGUGUGGAGCGACGACGUGCGCCUGCGGGUGCGGGCGCACUUGGCCGAGCUGCGGGAACAGUGCGUACAGCUACACUAUGCCAAACAAAUACGCGAUCCGAGCAUCCAGUUCAAAGACCGCGAAGCGAAUGAGGGCGGUGGGGAAGAAUGGUGGGCCCCACCAGGGGAAAUUGUGGUGGGGGGAGUGUACCUCAAGCUGUACCUACAGAACCCCCACUGGUCGUUGCGAAGUCCUAAGAAGUUCCUACAGGAGUUGGUCUCCGAAACCCUCAGCUGCCUCAAUAAGGAUAGCUCGGAGGGCGGUCGCGGUGACACGUGCGCCCGCGCAUUGUCGACGUUGGUAGUGGCUCGGCCCGCGCUGGCGGAGGCUUGCGCGGCCCUGGGCGAGGUGCCGCGCCUCACGCGCCUGCUGCCGCACAGCCCUCGCGCCGCUGUGGCCGUACUCGCAGCCCUGGCGCCCGCGCAGAUAUCUUCAUGUUAG